UAAAUGACUGCUCUGAUGACAUGAGAUAGUAUAAAAUAGUUGUUAAGAACUGUUUUCUACAUUAUUACGACUACAUUACAGAAUGUCUUUUCCAAACAAAGAAGAGCGCAUGAAGUGCUGGGGUCGCAGGGACGAAUAUUGGCAAUGUCUUGAUGAAGGCAAAUCUCAAGUGGAAUGUAUAGAAUUUAGGAAACAAUAUGAAAAAUUCUGCCCAACUCAAUGGGUGAAACAUUUUGAUCGUAAGCGAGAUUACUUGAAGUUCAAAGAGCAAAUAGAGACGGGGGGGUAUGUUCCUGAAGAACCAAAGAAAACAUAAGAUACUAAUCUUUCGAUUUUACUGUAUUCAU